CAAUCAUUGAUGACGUUUAUUUUUCUUUAUAGAGGACAGUGCAAAUAAUUUGGUAGAUUUCCUUUGCGAAGUCAUAUAUAUUUUCAGUAUAUUUUAUAAUUUUUACCAUCCUUCAUUAGUAAAUGAUUUGGAAAAUGCAGUGUUUAAUUGUUAAAACAGAAAACAUUUACUAGACAAUUACUUGUGUGGAGAGUGGUCUUGACUGAUAGGUGACCUUAUCGGCCAUCAAUAAAUAUUACCUUAAUGUGAAGGAUUUUGACAAUAUGCAAAGUUUCUCUUCAAAAGGUAAAGAAAUGUUUAUCGUACGUGCACUAGAAAAAAUUUUAGCGGAUAAAGAUAUUCGACGUUCGCACCAUUCGCAAUUGAAAAAAUCAUGCGACUCGGCCCUUGAGCAAAUAAAAAACGAACUCAUCAAUGCAGGUCAAAUUGCUGAAGGAAAUGAAUUGCCAUGUGCAGCAUUACCAUUACCCAAAAACGAUGCUGCCAGUAUUAUCAAUGCCGAAACUUAUUUUUUACCCUUUGAAUUAGCGUGUAAAAGUCGGUCGCCACGUAUUGUUGUGACGGCACUCGAUUGUCUACAAAAGCUUAUAGCAUAUGGACAUUUGACAGGUGCCAUACAGGAUUCAGCCAGUCCUGGGCAUUUACUUAUCGAUCGAAUUGUAAAUACAAUUUGCGGUUGCUUUAAUGGACCGCAAACCGAUGAAGGCGUACAAUUACAAAUCAUUAAAGCGUUACUUACCGUAGUUACAUCACAACAUGUUGAAAUACACGAAGGAACCGUUCUACAGGCAGUACGUACUUGCUAUGAUAUAUAUUUGUCAAGUAAGAAUCUAGUAAACCAGACGACCGCACGUGCAACUCUCACACAGAUGCUUAAUGUGAUUUUUGCGCGAAUGGAAAAUCAAGAGUAUGAAACUAGUACGAAUUCCCAUAUGGAAAGUUUAAAUAAGACCAAUUCAAGUGCAGAUAUUGGUGCACAGUCACCUGAAGUAGAGUCUGUUGAAAAUAAUAUUAGUGGUGAAGCAAAUAUGUCUAUGGAGGAAAUUGCAGCAUCUGUAUUGGAUGAAGUUCUCACUAAUGCAUUUGAGCUGGCAAUGAAGGAUAUAUCCAACGGGGCGGUCGAAGAAGCAGCCACUAAUUUAUCAUUUGGUUUGGUAGAAACAAACGAAACCCACUUAAUUUCCGAAGAAAAUGCAGAAAAUCAAAAUGAAAAUGACUCCGUAGUAACAGCUAAAUUUACACAUAUAUUACAAAAAGAUGCAUUUCUCGUAUUUCGUGCUCUAUGUAAAUUAAGCAUGAAACCGUUACCAGAAGGCCAUCCUGAUCCGAAAUCGCACGAGCUACGUUCAAAAGUGUUAUCUCUACAUUUGCUUCUAUCAAUAUUACAAAAUGCUGGCCCGGUAUUUCGUUCGAAUGAAAUGUUUAUAAUGGCUAUUAAGCAAUAUCUGUGUGUAGCACUUUCAAAAAAUGGUGUUAGUUUAGUGCCAGAAGUAUUCGAAUUGUCACUGUCUAUAUUCGUCGCGUUACUUUCUAAUUUCAAAGUUCAUCUCAAAAAGCAAAUUGAAGUAUUUUUUAAAGAAAUUUUUCUUAACAUCUUAGAAGCGAAUUCUAGCUCAUUCGAACAUAAAUGGAUGGUUAUACAAGCAUUAACACGCAUAUGUGCGGAUGCACAAUCAGUCGUUGAUAUUUAUGUUAAUUAUGAUUGCGAUUUUUCAGCCGCAAAUCUAUUUGAAAGACUCGUAAACGAUCUAUCAAAAAUUGCGCAAGGUCGUCAGGCCGUUGAACUAGGAGCAAAUCCACUGCAGGAAAAAUCAAUGCGGAAACGGGGAUUGGAAUGCUUAGUCUCGAUAUUGAAGUGUAUGGUUGAAUGGAGUCAAGAUUUAUAUGUCAAUCCGAAUCUAUCAUCAACGAACUCACAAGAGCCUAUAAAUGCACAUGCAGCACAUAAGACUAGCACAGAUUUAACAUACAAACAAAGCCAAUUGGAUAAUACUGAUUCAAUUUCUCAAACCAAUAAUUCUACACGUUCAGCCUAUGGUGGCUCCAGUCAUAGUAUUAAUUCCUUCGGAAGUGUUAAGAAUACGGAAGUGCUCGACUUACCAGAAGCUUUAGAGGAGCGCAAAAUGCGUAAGGAAGUAAUGGAAACCGGUAUUGAAUUGUUUAAUAGAAAACCCAAAAAAGGUGUUCAGUUCCUGCAGGAAAAACAACUUUUAGGCACAAAAGCAACUGAUAUAGGUAAGUGGUUGCACGAAGAUGAACGUUUGGAUAAAAUAGUUAUCGGUAAUUAUCUGGGCGAAAAUGACGAUCAUUCUAAAGAAGUUAUGUGCGCUUACAUUGACGCUUUCGACUUUCAUAACUUGGAAGUUGUGGCUGCACUGCGUUUGCUGCUCGAGGAAUUCCGUUUGCCUGGCGAAGCGCAGAAAAUUGAUCGUUUAAUGGAGAAAUUCGCAAGUCGUUACUGCGAAUGCAAUCCAAAUAAUCAGUUGUUUCAGAGUGCUGAUACUGUAUAUGUGCUAGCAUUUUCUAUAAUUAUGUUAACAACCGAUUUACAUUCACCACAAGUUAAGAAUAAGAUGACCAAAGAGCAAUAUAUUAAAAUGAAUCGUGGAAUCAGCGACAGCAAAGACGAUUUACCUGAGGAAUAUUUGUCGUCUAUAUACGAUGAAAUCGCUGGUCACGAGAUUAAAAUGAAAAACACCAUUGUCAGCAAACCGGGCAAGCAGAUUAUAGUAAAUGAGAAGAGGCGUAAACUUUUGUGGAAUAUGGAAAUGGAGGCAAUUUCGGCUACUGCAAAGAAUUUAAUGGAAUCAGUGUCACAUGUGAAGUCACCAUUUACAUCAGCUAAACAUUUGGAACAUGUGCGACCAAUGUUUAAAAUGGCCUGGACACCGUUUCUCGCAGCAUUUUCAGUUGGUCUACAGGAUUGUGAUGAUCCGGAAAUAGCUUGUCUGUGCUUAGAUGGUAUACGUUGUGCUAUACGCAUUGCAUGCAUUUUCCACAUGUCCUUAGAACGUGACGCUUAUGUGCAAGCUUUGGCACGUUUUACGCUGCUAACUGCUAAUUCGCCAAUAAACGAAAUGAAAGCGAAGAAUAUUGACACCAUAAAAACACUGAUAAUGGUGGCACAUACAGAUGGAAAUUAUCUUGGCGGCAGUUGGCUUGAUAUCGUUAAAUGCAUUAGUCAGUUAGAGUUGGCGCAAUUGAUUGGUACAGGUGUGCGUCCACAAUUUCUUUCCGGUGCACAGACAACUUUAAAGGAUACUUUAAAUCCUAGUGUUAAAGAGCACAUUGGUGAGACAAGUAGUCAGAGCGUUGUUGUUGCUGUGGAUCGAAUAUUUACGGGUUCCAUAAAGUUAGAUGGUGAUGCCAUAGUGGACUUUGUCAAAGCACUUUGUCAAGUAUCUGUUGACGAAUUGCAGAACGUUCAGCCUAGAAUGUUUUCACUACAAAAAAUUGUCGAAAUAUCUUAUUAUAAUAUGGAACGUAUUAGAUUGCAAUGGUCUCGUAUAUGGCAGGUGUUGGGUGAACACUUUAAUGCCGUCGGUUGUAAUACAAAUGAAGAGAUAUCAUUUUUCGCUUUGGACUCGUUGCGCCAAUUAUCCAUGAAAUUCAUGGAGAAAGGUGAAUUCGCCAAUUUCCGUUUCCAAAAAGACUUCUUACGACCUUUCGAACAUAUUAUGAAAAAAAAUCAAUCUCCUGCUAUACGUGACAUGGUCGUUCGAUGCAUCGCACAAAUGGUCAAUUCACAGGCGCAUAAUAUAAAAUCCGGUUGGAAGAAUAUAUUUUCAAUAUUUCAUUUAGCAGCGAGUGAUAACGAGGAGGCUAUUGUAGAGUUAGCAUUUCAGACAACUGGUAAAAUUAUCGGCGAACUAUACCAGAAGCAGUUUGCCGUUAUGGUUGAUUCAUUCCAAGAUGCCGUAAAAUGUUUGUCGGAGUUCGCUUGCAAUGCACGCUUCCCCGACACUAGUAUGGAAGCCAUACGUUUGGUACGCACAUGUGCGCUUUGUGUGCAUGAUGCACCGCAACUAUUUGCUGAGCAUGCGGGCAUGGAAAAUGAUAUUUCUGUUGCCGAAGAGGAUCGUGUUUGGGUCCGUGGUUGGUUUCCAAUGCUUUUCUCUCUAUCGUGCGUGGUAAAUCGUUGUAAGUUGGAUGUCCGUACACGCGGUCUCACUGUGCUGUUUGAAAUUGUUAAGACGCAUGGUGAUAGUUUUAAACCGAAUUGGUGGAAGGAUUUAUUCAACGUUAUAUUCCGCAUAUUCGACAAUAUGAAAUUGCCCGAGCAUGUCACUGAGAAAUCCGAAUGGAUGACAACUACUUGUAAUCAUGCUCUAUACGCAAUUAUCGAUGUAUUUACGCAAUAUUUCGAUGUGUUGGGCUACCUGCUAUUGGAAGAUCUCUUUGCGCAGUUACAUUGGUGUGUUCAGCAAAGCAAUGAGCAAUUGGCUCGCUCCGGUACAAAUUGUUUAGAGAAUUUGGUUAUAUCGAAUGGUUUUAAAUUCAACGAAUCUACUUGGGAUAAGACUUGUCAAUGCAUAUUAGACAUUUUCAAUGCAACAUUACCGACAGAGCUACUUACAUGGCGUCCAAAUGUUCAACAAAUACAAAUACAAACACAUGCUAGUGAUCAUCAACAACAUCAGCAGCAACAAAAGGGAUCAUUUAUUUCGCAAAAUUCCCACGACAAAAGCAAUCAAAGCUCAAUGAAUCGCAGUCAAUCACAACAUUCCGUUUACAGUAUGAGCGUACUGGUCGAUGAUGAUAGUAUAGGUACUUCACAAGGCUAUCAUCACAAUUCACAUGUUAUGUUGCACAGUUCACAAUUUGAAAGUCUACACAUUAAGUGUGUCGUGCAAUUGGAACUUAUUCAAACGGUGGACAAUAUAGUAUUCUUUCCGGCAACGUCACGCAAAGAAGACGCCGAGACAUUAGCACAAGCUGCUGCAGAUUUAGUUGGCGGCAAUGCAUCGCAAAAUGUAUUGGAAUGUCAGCGCGAGGAGCAGGGCAUGUAUAGCUACUUGCAUACGCGGCAAUUGCUAAUUUUAGCUGAUUGCCUUAUGCAGUCGCAUCGGUUUGCAAAACGCUUCAAUGCCGAUCAUGAGCAGCGAAAUAUAUUGUGGCGUGCUGGCUUCAAAGGUUCUAUAAAGCCAAAUUUGCUAAAACAGGAGACUGCCUCUUUAGCGUGUGUGCUGCGUAUAUUUUUAAAAAUGUAUGGAGAUGAGAAUCGUCGCAGCGAUUGGCCUGGCAUCGAACAUGAGUUGAUACAGGUUUGCAAGGAGGCACUCACUUAUUUUCUCAGUCUGCAAAGUGAGGCACAUCGUGAUGCAUGGACUUCGUUGUUACUGUUGAUACUUACGAGGCUGUUGAAGAUGUCCGAUUCAAGGUUCGCCACGCAUGUGUCCAAUUACUAUACCUUGUUGUGUGAAAUGAUGUGCUUUGAUCUGAAGCCUGAACUAAGAAGUGUCCUUAGACGAGUCUAUAUGCGAAUCGGCCCAGUAUUUAAUAUAGUGAGCCUAAACAUAAGGAAUUAAUUAAUUUAUUAUAUCUUUAAACAGUAUAUAAAUUUAUAUAUAAUAAUACAUACAUACGAUGGCUUAUAUUUAAUAGUUUGUAUUCAAUAUAAAGCCUCGAUAUAUCCUUUCUGAGUUUUCUUUUCAUUCAUGUAAAGAGAAACCGUAAAUAUAUGCAAUUAUAAAAAUUUUAUAAUAGCGGAAUUCACCUUUGUGGCUUUUGAUGUUGUAGAAUGUAUGUGUAAAUAAUAAAUAAAAUAAAAUAUUUAGAUGAAAAAGAAAAGAAUUAAUAAAAAGCUAGUAGUUAUUCAAGCCGUAAAUUGAACAAAAAAAAAAAAAA